GCCGAGCGUAGCGCCCGCGCUACAAUUUGCAUAUCUAUUUUUAAAUCCCUGUAUCACUGCAACCACGUAAGCUAGCGCAAUAAUUUUUUUUGCAUAUGAAACUGGAGAAGUUGUACUUACAUAUCACACAUGCAGCUUUUCCCAGAGAGAUGUUUCCUUCCUCUAAUAUGUUUGCAGAAAUCAUGUAAAAAGCGACCAAAUAAAAAAAAACAUAAUCCCGAGCCGAGACUCUUUAUCGAUCUGAUCAGCUGUUCACAUCACUUCCUACGUUUGAUUAACGUGAUAGGUCAUGUUGUCACCGUGACCUAUCACGUGGGUCUGUCCAACAACAACAGGAAGUGACGUCAUUUCCCCGGGAAAUUUAGUUUUUUCUCUCGAUCGCGCAUACUGUCGUUUUUUCUAGAAACAUACACCUGUACAAAACACACAACACACACUUUUUACAUACUUAAACACAUCCACCCACAUUAUUAUGCAGCGACAAUCCAGACACACCAAAUACUUCACAUUGCGCGAAGCUUUGGAUCUGAUUACCGCCCCUUGUGAAUACGGUGCUUCUGGCCAUAUGUCGGAUCCUGAUUCUGCCGACAGUGAGGAUGAGGCCGACUUCGUUGAAGGGAUUGACCCUUGCCAAGACAAUGUUGAUAAUGUUGAAGAGGAGGGAACUGAAGUCUCCUGCUCAACUGAAGCAGCCCCUAUACCAGAGGGAAGCAGAGGGAGGGGAAGGAGUCGGAUGACUUGUCCUCCGGCAAAAAGAGGCAAGCGCUCCAGGUCACUCUCCGGUGAUGCAGCUGCCUGGAUGAGUGAAAAGGACCCUGACAGCUUGCCUCAUCCUCUACCGAAUUUCUGUCCAAAAAGAAAGCCAGGUGUGCAGCUGCCGUUUUCAGAAUGUGUGGACUGUCCAUCGCCAUCUGAACUAUUCAAGAUAUACUUUGACCGUGCUGCUAUAAAAACACUGUGUGUCAACACAAACAAAAAUGCAGCUAAAAAUAUUGCUGCAGGCAAAAAAUUCACAUGGACUGAUCUCACAGAGGCUGAACUGUACCAUUACAUUGGCAUAACACUCUACAUGGGGGUUCUAAAGCUGCCUAAAAUGAGAGAUUUUUGGCGUGUGAAUUCGAUUUUUCAUGUGCAAUAUCCCUCUAAGGUCAUGACCAGAGACCGGUUCCUCACCAUCACUUGGAAUAUUCAUAUGAGUGACCCUGCAGAAGACACUCUCAAUGACAGAAAAAAAGGAACUACAGAUUAUGACUGCCUGCACAGACUACGUCCCCUGUAUGACAGUUUACGUGUAGCCUGCAAAGCUGCAUACCACCCACAGCAAAACCUCUCUGUGGAUGAGCGCAUGGUUUCCACCAAAGCCAGAGUUGCCCUGAAGCAAUAUAUAAAAAGCAAGCCAACAAAGUGGGGGAUAAAACUUUUUGUGCUAUCUGACAACACAGGCUACACAGUGGAUUUUAACAUUUAUACAGGGAGGUCAACUCUGGUAACUGGGAAGGGGCUGUCAUUUGAUGCUGUGAUGGCACUUAUAAACAAAAACUACCUGGGAACAGGAUAUCACAUUUAUUGUGAUAACUUUUAUACAAGCCCAGCACUUUUUCACCACCUUCAUGAUCUGGGGUUUGGAGCAUGUGGGACAUUUCGGGACACUAGAGUUGGAGUCCCAAAAACCAAACUUAACGCCCUGACAAAAAAAUCUCCACGAGGGACAAUCAGGUGGAUCAGAGAGGGCCCUCUCAUUUUUAUCAAGUGGAUGGACACAAGGGAGGUGAGUGUGUGCUCAACUCUGCACAGUGCCUUCUCAGGGGACACUGUGAAAAGGAUGUGCAAGGCUGAAGGACAACACAGAGCAAUUGAUGUGCCAGCGCCAUCAGCUGUAAAGGACUACAACCGCUUUAUGGGAGGAGUUGAUCUGUCAGACCAGCUGAUUGGCUCCUAUUCUUCAUGGAGAAAGAGCAGGAAGUGGUAUUUGACAGUGCUGCACCACUUUAUAGACAUUGCUGUCACAAACAGCUAUUUGGUCAGCAAGGAGCUCUGUGGCAGACUGGAGCAGCAGCCAAUGACACACCAGGAUUUCCAGGAGCAGUUGAUCGCUGAACUCUGUGGGGUGUCCUCACAAUCAGGAAUGAAGAGCUACCAACACAUCCCAGUUGCCAUUGUUGAAGGGGCAUCUGGUCAAAAAAAAGCCACAAAGGGGCGCCAGAGGUGCAGGCUGUGUGGGAAGUGCACACCGUUCAAGUGUGAGGCAUGCAAAGUGGCUCUGUGCGUCAUUGUGGACAGGAACUGUCAUAGGGCCUAUCACACCUCCACUACUGCUGCUGAAGAAUGAUUUUUGACUGUUUUUCUCUCUCAAAAAGUAAUGUGACACUUAGAACUUUUACUGCACUAUUAUAAACUAUUUUUUAAAUUAUUGUCAUGUUGCCAAAUUGUGCAAAAUAUGAAUUUAUUUAUUUUUUGGUUAUGCUCCACCGGGGCUACUGAACAGCAAUAUUUGACUGUGCCUUUCUGUAUAUAAAUUCCUGUGACACUUAUAAGUACUGUUAUUGUAUUGUACUAUUAUAAAUAGUUCAUUUUGAUCUUGUAUUUUUAUUGUCAUGUUGUUAAAUUGUGCCCCAUAUGCAUUUUAUUGAUUUUCGUUUUUUACUAGUGUUUAUAAAAAUGAUUGUAUCUCAAAAAUGAAUUGAUGAAAAAACUCCAAAUAAAUUUUGUGUAGUUUGAAAGGACUUUGUACAACUUUUUUUCAUUUACAAUUUUGAGCCAUAUAGCUUUGAUAUUUUUGUAUCAACAAAAAUAUGUGAAAAACAAAAAACGAUUUUCAAAUUUUUUGUGGUUAAUUGCACUUUUUUAGCAAUUUCUAUAGUUACUGUGGAUUUGUUACACACAUAUUAUUAAAAUCUGGGAUAUAAGGGUUCUAUUGAUGUAUAGUAAGUUAAAAUACUCAAAAAAAUGGGCCUACAGUAUGUAAAAAUGUAAACAUAGGGUCUGGCGGACUU